AUGGGAAAGAAAGCUUGGGCGAAGAAAGUAAAGGGCGAGAAAUCUACUGCUCACCGCAGGGAAGAAACCCCAGAAGCGCAACCGCCCGUGGAAGCGCGACCUCCGAACCCGCCAUCUCCGGCGCCAGUUCCUCAGGCGCCGACGAUGAUUUCUUUAGACGCCAUGGCGGAGUUUCUGCGACUACAAGACCCUAUUCGGGACUGGACAGCGGCGUUGGCCGGUUUCAGUCAAAUAAGGGGAGCAGAGGACGUGACCAGAGGAGCCCCAUCUGAACCGAAUGUGCAAUCCAUGGUACAACCAACUAUUUCCAUUCCGAUUUUUGCCGAAAUUUUACCAGAAAGAAAAUCUCCAUCGGUAACCGUACUGCCAGAAUCUUCGGAAACUCCACAACAAAGUGAUUCGAUGGAGGUUGACCACAUAUCCGCCCAUUACGAUUCCGACUCAGAUGAACGUGAAGCGAGGAAGAGCAGGGAACAGGGGAGCCUACAGGGAGACGAUGAACCAGAGAAAACGCCGGCGGCGGGGACCGUUUCUCAAGGGACGGCGAGGGAAGAGAUAGAUUUAGAUGAGACGGCCAAGAAACAAGGCCUAAUGACGGAUGACGAAUUCCAGGCGAUUUUGGAUAGAGUAAACCAGAGGGAAGAUGAUACUGCCACGAUGGUUGAGGAUCUAAACCUCACAUCUAGGGCAGUAGAAAAAGAUGAAGAAGGCAGGGCAGGAGAGAAAGAGCCAGAGUCAGUGAACCCCCAGACAGAGGCGGGGAAGAAUGAUGUGCAUGUGGAAGCAGAAGAAACAGAAGCAAGACCAGAAGUACCCAACCCAGUGGCACCACCGGUGACGAAACUGAAGGCCGUCAAGAGGAAGUUGGUGUUGAAGGGCGAACCUGAGGCUAGUUGGCCAAAGCCGCAAAGGCGAGCCCAGGAACACCGGAGGGAACAAAGUGAUAGUGAAUACGCUGUCAGUGAAGAGUCAGAAUCGGACAUCGAUAUUUCCUUAGAAAAUGAGGAGUGCUGUGAGCAACAGCUUCCGCACGAUCAUCGGGAGCUAUCUGGAGGAGGCGAUAGGAUCGAAGUGGCGGAGCAGGGAACGGGGAAUUCCCCGUAG